UCUACGCCAGUCAGUCAGUCAGUCACACGUCCUAUAUAGUGUUUGGAUGUAUAUUCGAUUGGAGAAACGGAAACAUUCGACUGUGCUGCAAUCAUAGUUAUAUUUCGAUCCUAUAUCAUAUCUUGAACGUCCUUCGAUUUCCAGAUCACCUCGAUCGUUGGCAGCCGAUUAUGCGCCUAGAUGAGCUGGUAGCGUGGUACCAGAAAAAGAUCGGCACAUACGACAAACAGCAAUGGGAGAAAACGAUCGAGCAGAAGAUAUUGGCCGGCAUCAACCACCUUCCACUGAAGAACACCAAGCUCAAAACCGAACUCAUCGAUGUGGAUUUAGUGCGCGGUUCAACCUUUCCCAAGGCCAAGUCCAAGCUUUCCAUCCUAACAGUGAUCUACCUUGCCGCUUUGAGACUGCUCCUGCUGCCUAUCUAUGCCAAAUGGUGGGUCCAGCAAACUUCGCCGAGGGUAUUCGUUUUGCUGCUUGCCCUGUACAUGCUGCAAAUGAUCAACCUCGGUAUCUAUAGCUAUAAUGUGAACAAGACCGGUGCCGAUCAGGAGGAGCACAUCGUUUCGAUGUCCGAAUUCCUGAUCCCGAUAGCACUGAGCCUGUUACUAAGCGUGAUCCACUCGCAGAUCGUUGCCACCGGGUCCCACAACAACAGUCUCUGCAUGAAGAUGAAGAAAUGCCAGUCCCACUCCACUCUGAAGAAACGCGAACGAAUACGAAGGAAACGGCGAGCUCGAACGACCCAACCUGGAUCGGGAGAGUCGACCACCACCACCACCAAUACCAGUAGACCUUCCGCCGAGAACCCGGAAAAGGUGAAGAUCAAGGGUUUGAAUGGCGGUGCGUCGAGAUCCCCAUGCGGGUCGCCGGCAAGGACCGCUAAAAAGCAAGGGGCUUGCAGCACCAGCAGCAGUACCAGUAGCGAAACAUUGGACAAUCAACUGACGGCAGGCAGGAAACUGGAAGGUGGACGAACGGAUGAAAUUAAGAAUGUGGAUAUGAAGAAAACUGAUUUAGACAAGAGCUCACCGAAGAAAACGACUAACCGUUCGCAACGGUCAAAGACAGAUAACAUGCGUGCUGAUACCUUGGAUAACGUGCUCAACAUUGUGAAUAUAGACGAGGAUGAUGAUACGGUUUUCCUUGAUUCGAGCUGCAAAAAUGAUGCCUUGUCUGGCCCCAAAGUAAUUAUACAUCGCUCUGCAGAACCGUUCCCAGAUGGUUCCCCAUCGCAAGAACCAUCACAAUCAGCUUGCACCCUGCGCAGACGUAAAGUUAACUGGGGUCCUCAAAUGCCCAAUAAUAAUCCAAACGGCAGACCCGUUGCCAAUCUGAACGUGAACCAACCGGAAGCUACCGUUGACGACGACGGCUUCGAAAGCCUGAAUGGAAAGAGUUCCGGUGGAGAAGACAGUUCAAACGCAGGCGGAUCCUCCGAAAUAUAUUACAACAAGAAGCUACCGUACACCAACACUUGGAUAAAUGGCGUCGAUAAGGACACUCGGUCCGACAGUGACACGGACACUCUUCGCAAUACUCCUACUACUAGUCAUGAUCAGUUUGGCCCCAGUUUGACACAAGGGAACUCACAUCCACCAGGAAAACCCCGAAGACACCUCUCAUCCGAAUCGGGUAUUGAAGUUCAACGGCAUGACCGAAGCAAAUCCCCACUGCUACUGUUGGACGACGAUACCACUCAUCGGGGCUCAGCCGAAGCCGAUGUGGAGUCGAAAGGCAGCGGUUUCGACGAGAACCUAGAGUCCAGCGGGGACACCGACGAGGAAAACGAUUUUGACCUCCAGCAAACCGAGUCUAGUCACCAUCUUCAUCAUCAUGUUCACCAUCACAGUCAUCAUCACCUGCACCAUCAGCAUUUGUCAGAAGGUACGGAUUCCAACUGUGAUUUCCAUUUUGCCAGCACCGAUAGCGAAGAAUGUAGUUACAGUUCAGAUCUCAACCAUACGGAUGGUCAAAAUGAACACUCAGAUGACGACUACGAUCUGGAAGACGCCCCAACGAUCAUCCUCAAUCCUCCUUGCGGUGCAACUGAUAGAGUAAGUUGCACAAUUUGGGAUGCCCGCGAAGCCAAGAAGGCGGAAAUGUCCGUUCUGGACAUCUCAUCGGCCAUCAUCGAACGCGUCGAAGCCAUGCCAGAAACGUGCGAUUACGUCUACAUCGGCGUCGUUCUGAGCAUAAUUUUGUCGCUGAUACCGGCAUUCUGUCGAUUAUGUGAUGCGACUGUCGAUUCUUCCAGUACAACCGAACUCAACUUUCUGGAAUUACCAGUCCUACUUCUAGAGAAGGCCUCUUUCUCGUGCAUCGCAAUUCUACGGUUCGCCUUCGGAGAAUCUACAUGGGAGAAAACAGUCCUAGUUCUAGGCUUCGUCCUGAGGCUAUGCUUGACUUACUUGGUGUUUUUCUUGCUAGCCGUAGCAGAACGCACAUUCAAGCAGAGAUUCCUGUACGCAAAACUGUUCUCACACUUAACCUCCUCCCGGAGAGCGCAAAAGUCCGGUAUUCCUCACUUCCGGCUCAACAAGGUGCGGAACAUCAAGACCUGGCUGUGUGUGCGCUCCUAUCUGAAACGACGUGGACCACAGAACUCGGUGGACGUGAUCGUUUCGGCUGCAUUUAUCAUAACACUGCUAUUGUUGGCAUUCCUCAGUGUCGAGUGGUUGAAGGACUCUGUUCAUCUCCACUCGCAAUUCAACUUGGAGGCACUGGUGUGGUCCUGUGCAUUUGGAACGUUCCUGUUGCGUUUUAUGACGCUCGGUACCAAGAUCAACAAAAAGUACAAAAGUGUCUCGGUGUUGAUCACCGAGCAGAUUAAUCUAUAUGUUCAAAUUGAACAAAAGCCGAACAAGAAGGAGGAGUUGAUGAUCUCCAAUAAUGUGCUCAAGCUGGCGGCUGAUCUUCUCAAGGAACUGGAAUCUCCCUUCAAAAUAUCGGGCCUCAGCGCUAACCCGUACCUCUACACCACUGUCAAAGUGGUCAUCCUGUCCGCACUGUCCGGCGUCCUCAGCGAAAUGCUCGGGUUCAAACUCAAGCUCCACAAAAUUAAGAUAAAAUAAACUGUAUUCAUUUUAUCGGUGUUACUAGAAGUGGUAGUAAUUGGUUCGUACUCGCCGUAAACCACUAGGACUCAAGAUUUGCAGCAUUGAUGUACUAGCAACAUCAGUUAUAAUAGUACAUGGUAGAUUAGUUCAAUUCUAGAGCAAUAACUCGAACAAAAUCGAAACAGAGCCGAAUUUAUAGUUUCUCAAAGUACAGUUGGGUACGUACGUACUUGCAUACGUUAGAUCUUAGGUCUUAGAGACUCUGUGAAACUAGAUACUUAUAAUAGCAAAUGUUCUUUCGUGCGUGGAACUUCCUUCCCCUGUCCGAGCGAAUGGAGCCGCAGUAACUGUCGAUAAGUUUUAGGUAGUCUGAUAAAGUGGUAUUUUUCGAUGGACUAUUUCUAUUUUAGGACGCACAUUCAAGGAUAGCGAAUAUGAUUGCGAGAUACUUUAUGUGAGAUAAAUAGAAUGGUAUACAAUGUUAAGGAGA